GAUAAUGAUAAUGCAAUAGUGGCCAAAUGGGAUAUAUUUCAACUAGAUGCUAAAUAUCAUGAUAUAAUAAGAGACUUUACAAACAAAAUAUUGAGGGAGUGGGAUGACAACGACUCCAUUGCUAUUGAUUUAUUGACCGCGAUCACACUAUUCAAUCCAAAUCGACCUAAUUUAACACAUAAACAAAAUGUUAGCACUACAUUACAAAAUUAUGUAGGUUUCAAUCAGUUAGAGGGUAGUCGUAUAUCCGAGUUAACCCAAGCAACGUUGACCGCAAUCAUACUUUUCAAUCCAGAUAGACCUAAUCUCAUGCAUAGACAUAAUGUUAGUUCUUUCAUUGUAGUGACCAGAAUUUGCGAAGUAUGCGGUGACAAAGGAGUUGCCAUUAACCUGUCCAUCAGGCGAGAUCCCGAAGAGAAUGAAUAUAGAAAGAAACUGAUCAAGCUCAAUAAAUUGAAACAACAACAAGAUUAUGAGGGCUUCAAUCAAAUGGAAACCAGUCGGAUAUCAGAGUUAACCAGAGCUACGGACAACAACAAUACAUUAGUGACUAAUUUGAAGCUUAUGGCGAUCACACUUUUCAAUCCAAAUAGGCCUAACUUAACGCAUAGGCAUAAUGUGAAGUAUGUCCGAAAAAUAUGCUAA